AUGACUGAAAUGACAGAAGAAACUCAAGAUGCUGUCCAAAUCGAAGAACAAGUUGAACAUCAUGAAGAAAAUACAGAAGACGCCGAAGCGCUUGAAGCAAUGAAACAACGAGUAAAAGAAAUGGAGGAAGAGGCUGCAAAACUUCGUGAAAUGCAGGCACAAGUUGAGAAGGAAAUGAAUUUGAGUGCAGAAGAUAAGGAAGCUAUUGAUGCAAGAUCAAUUUAUGUUGGAAAUGUUGAUUAUGCCUGUACACCACAAGAAUUACAAAAUCAUUUUCAAUCUUGUGGUACAAUAAACCGAGUCACAAUACUUUGUGAUAAAUGGAGUGGGCAUCCUAAAGGAUAUGCUUAUGUCGAAUUUGCUGAUCCGUCCUUGGUCACUCAUGCAAUGUUGCUAGAUAACACCCUGCUGCACGGACGUCAUAUCAAGGUUACUGCUAAACGUACAAAUGUUCCGGGUUAUAGUAGAGGAAGAGGCAGAGGUGUUCGUGGUGGUAGUUGGCGUGGUGGAUAUUUUCCACCUGGCACUUAUUAUGGAACAAAUUUCAGAGGCGGACGUGCAAGACGUGCUACUUUUGCACCUUAUUAG